GACUCCAUCUGCCUCUCCGGUGCUGCUCGGGGCCGGACCAGAGCUGCUGGCACAGGGGUCUCCGACUCCGCCCCGCACCUGGCGGCCACGCGGAGUCGAGCGGGCGACGGGGGCCCCGCCGCCGCCACGCGUGCCGCUUCCCGGGGGCCGGCCGCGGCCUCCAUGGGCCCGCUGCUCCGGCAGGCCGUCCUCCGAUGCGAGGGCGCCGUCCUCCUCGGCGAGCCCCUCGGUGCCCUGCGCGAGUGCCAGCAGUACCGAGCCGGCGCCCGGCGACGGUCUCGGGCCCUUCAUGAUUUGGCCGUUGACGCCGACCUCGGUUGGCGAGAUGCUUCAGAGGCGGACGCGGACGACGACGGGGCGUGGGGUGACUUGGACGUCGCCGUCAGCAGCCACGGAUUGGGCGAGGACGACGUCAACGCGCUGCCGUCCAGGGCGCUUACGUCGCCUGCGGACACUGCUGGCCUGUCGCUCUGCGUCGUCUGCCAGGAGGGCUUUGAGGUCCAGGAGCGGAUCCUGGAGCUCGGCUGCUCGCACGUCUUCCACCAGGCCUGCCUGGAGCAGUGGCUCGUCGUCACCGCGAGGUGCCCCACCUGCAAGUGCUCCGUGGAGCCGCCGCGGCGCCCCGAGUAGCAGGUGGACGAGUGCUGCAAACCCAUUGCCAGCGGCAGACACUUGUGGCAUCGACCGGGUGACCUGAGCCCCGAGUCCGAAGCAGUGUUGUUGGGGGCUGGUGGCACCACGUAUUGUCUCUGGGAGUUGCCACCAUCCUCCCGGCAUUUAGUCUACAUGAUUGGCCUAAGAGUUUGCGUCCCCCAGUUCUCAAAUGUUUUCUGGGCGCGUACAUGAUGGCCGUGACGGAAUCAUGAGUGUGCCAGGGCGUAGUUUUGCGGCUCACACUUCUAUAAUGCAUAUGCUCGAUCCCACAUGGCUCGAUCGGUGCCAGGGUGGCGAGCUGACGUUUAAGCACCUCUCGUUCCCCCAAACAAUGCCAGCACCAAGGGUUUGUUAUUCUAUUGUCGACUGAAGCAGGCAAGCUGCUUAAACAUAGACUGUCGGAGCUCCGCGCGGAUGUCUCGGGUCGGCGCUGAAGACCCCCUGGCGGUGCCUCCGGCGCCGCCUCUGGCGUGCCCCGCGUGCCAGGGAGGGGGGGGGGGGGGCAGCGCCGAUCCGAGGAGCCCGUGCAGGCCUCCGAAGUUGUCUGUUUGUGUCAUUGCUGAUUCCCUUGCUUGGCGUGCCUGGCCCCUGGGCCUUCCCGUUUUUCUGUAGACGUGUGCGGGAGGUGGGCGUGGCGAGGCCCCGCUCGGGGGCUCCGCUCGGUGGUCGCCCACGUGCGCUGGCCGGCGCCCUCGGGCUCGAGGCCCCGCCUCGCUUGGUGUGGCCUGCGCCUCGAGCGCCGCUGCGGGUGGCCCCACCGCUCCCGGUGGUGGCCACACCUGCUGGCGCUACGAUCAGGAGGAACAGAAACAC